AUGUCAGCCUCCAGACUCUCUGCUGCCAGAGUCUUGUUGGCCAGAUCUGUCUCUACCGUGAAGGCUUCGCACGAUCAAGAGAAUGAAAUCUUGAUAGCCCAACGUAAAAACAGACCCGUGUCGCCUCACUUGACCAUUUACCAACCACAAUUGACAAUGGUGUUGUCCAGUUUUCACAGAAUCACCGGGGUGGCCAUGGCUGGCGCCUUCUACGCCUUGACCUGUGGAUACGCUGCCACUUCUAUCUUGAACAUUCCUUUCGAUGCUUCUGUUUUGGUUGGCGUUUUCGCUUCUUUGCCUGUCGCUGUCAAGUUAUCAGCCAAGGCUCUUAUGGCUUACCCAUUCGCUUUUCAUUUCGGUAACGGUAUCAGACACUUGGUCUGGGAUUUCGGUAAGGAAUUGUCCAUUCCCGGUGUCUACAGAACUGGUUACGCUGUAUUAGCUGUUACUGCCGUCUUCGGCUCCUACUUGGCUUUCUUUUAG